AAAUACCAUUACCCUUCAUCAGAGUUUCGAAAGCAGCCAGAAAACUUUCUUCCAAGCUGAAAAUAAUUUCAUAUAUUAAAAUAUUUUAUUUUAUUUUUUGACGAGCCAUGGAAAAGUCACAGCUGCUGAAUAUAAAAAACUUUCUUCAAGAAUUUAACGAUCGACUCAAGAAUCUAGGGAGUAAAUUCAUUUCAGUGAUUCAUUCGAUUUUGGGGAACGGCCUAACAUCAGAUAUUCCCUCUUUAAUGGAAAUUAAGUCGGAACUCACAGAACUAGAAGAAAGACUCGAAUACUUUAAGACCCAUUAUAAUCAAUAUCGUCAGCAAAACUUAUUGAAGAAAAACAUAUCAGGCAAUGAAAUGGGAUCCCUAGAAUCCGGAUUUGAUAGUGCUUCUGGGGAUACCAAUCUAUUGGAGCGUGAAAUAGAUGGCGAAGUUGCAACAGAAGCCGAAGAGGUCUCCCCAAUUGUUGAUGACUCUGAUAACUUAAACAAUGACGACAAUUAAUUAAAAAGAAUUCUGUGUUUGUUUUAAAUAUUAAA